CAUACCCUCCUCGGGGCCACCCGCCCUCGACGCCCCCCGGGGUGGCUACUGCGACAAGAUAUAUGGAUACUCCGCCGUGUGCGCAAUGAAUGUUGUCGAGGAAACCGGGGUCGCAUCAUCAUCGCCUGUUCCCAGGCUUCCGGCCUAAUUGCGGAGAGACAGCACUUGGGCCGCUCGUCGCGAUCUGCCAAGUUGCAGCUGCAAGAAUGCUAACUCGGCAAUCCUUUAAGAGAAUGGUCUCGCCGGCACCGUAGUCCAGGUCGCCUCCUCAUGCUUUGUUUGCUUCACCGGACGGAUCCACUGCUGAGUCGCUGUACGGCGGCCAGCCAUGCCGUUGUGGAGCAGCAGACAGCGGAACCCCAGGGCCGCUCUGGGGGCGCAGCGCCACGUCGGUCAUCUAGAAAAGACCCCUCAAACGAAUCUCUGUGUGUAUGCGACCGCAUUAGACAUGCUCUGGGGCAUGUUGGACGAUCUGAUGUUGAAGCGCAUGUUGGUGUAGUCGGAACUGGGGAGCGCGCUCGAUUGUGCGAUCUUCCCCCGACGCCCGCAACAUAUCUGCGGCACCCUAUGUCAUUGGCCGCGCGGAAGCCAGAAUACACACGCCUGUUCGCUCAUCCUGCGUUUCUCGUAACGACGGAGCGUGUCCGGCCUGCAUUAGUUGUUCACCUGCGGGCUGGACCGAUGCGCUGCGCUCGAGAACUCUGGCUUCGACCCUCUGCUCCACCGGCACGUAUGCGCCUUUGCUGCUCCUAGGAGCCCUGGCUUGCUUUAGCUGCCCUGUCGCCUUUGCCCGUGCUGCGUAUCUUCAGGCCAAGUAGUGGUCGGCAGGCUAGUC